AGAAAUUCAGCACUGGAGCUUAUUUAAUCGACGCUUUUCCUUUCUACAGCAUUCGUUCUAUGAUCAGGCGCAUUUGACUGACUGCUGGAAAAACGCCGAGUUGCAGUUUCAUGCGUGGCUAUCAUACCGCACACUGGUGAAAACAGCAGCUGAUAUUUCUAUCUGCACAGAUAUUAGAUCGAAGACAUUACUGCCACGCAAUCAGUAGAAGCUGACAUUUCGAACCAGAAAACAACUCCAUUAUGGACAAACCAGUGCCAUUGAUCAUACAAGGAGAUAAUGGUCACAAGUUUACCAUCAACGAAGAAGCCAAACUAUGCUUGCAAAACAUAGACAAACCAAUGUCCGUAGUCGCCAUCGUCGGCAAAUACCGCACGGGCAAGUCGUAUCUGAUGAACAGGCUUUACGGCAAGAACUCUGGAUUCGACCUGGGCAGCACGGUCCAGUCUAAAACCAAGGGGAUCUGGAUCUGGGCCCGGCCCCACCCCAGGGAUAGCAACAGGUGUCUGUUGCUGAUUGACACCGAGGGCCUCUAUGACGUGGAAAAGGGGGACUCGACCUACGACAUUCAACUCUUCACUCUGGCCGUUCUGCUUUGCAACUGUUUCGUCUACAACAGCCAAGGAACCAUUGAUGCUGAUGCAAUCAAUAAGCUACACUUGGUUUCAGAACUGACAGAACACAUUAAAAUCCAGGCUGGAGGUGCCGAGGAGGAAACAGGGGAAUCGUUCAGCAAGUUCUUUCCACAAUUCUUUUGGGUAGUGCGUGAUUUUACCCUUGAGCUCAACAUUGAAGGGAAGCCAUGUACGCCUGACGAGUACCUUGAACACGCCUUGAAAAUGAAGAAAGGACAUGGCAAAGCUGUUCAAGAUUACAAUGCACCCAGAGAAUGCAUCCGGGCAUUUUUCCCCCACAGGAAGUGCUUUGUCCUUAAGAAACCAGUGGACGAUGAUGUGCUUCUCCAGAAGCUUGACCAGGCCAGAGAGGAAGACAUCAAGCCAGAGUUCUUGAAGGACGCCAAUCGGUUCUGCGAGACUGUUUGGACAGGCGUAGAGGCAUUCAGAGUGAAGGGAAACGCCAUUAAUGGCAGCAGAUACCUAACAUUGGCAGAAACCUACGUGGAAGCCAUCAACUCUGGUGCCGUGCCAUGUAUUGGUACCGCAGUGGAGACCAUGAUGCAGGUGGAGUGCCAGAGGGCCUUGGAUGAAAGUGUAAGGAGCUACAGCAUCAUAAUGGAGAGGGAAGCUCUCCCAAACAUGCCCCUCUCGUUGAAGGAGCUGUCAAGCCUCCACGAGCAGGCCAAUGGGGCAGCCCUCCGUGUUUAUCAGAACAUUGCUGUAUUUGAUGCCGAAGGGAAUUUUCAAAGAAAACUGCAGGAGGCCUUGUUGUCAGUCUAUACGCAAUUUGUGGAGCAGAACAAGGAAGUCUCGAGGGACAAAUGUAGACAAGUUUUACAUAACGCGUAUGCCAAUAUUGCAAAGAAGGUCCAGGGUGGUCACUACACAGGCGCAGGGGGGUACGGGAAGUACCAAGCGGACUAUCAAAAAAUAAAAGAGAUAUACGCCAACACACAGAGGAAAGGUCCAUGCGCUGACGAGGAACUGGCACGGUUCAAUGAAGCCAAGAAAAAUGAGGGGAAGGCCAUUCUGGAAGCUGACAAGAAAUUGUCCGAAAAAGAGAAGGAUCUUGCAAGAGCCCAAGAAGAAGCUGAACAACAAGCUUUGCAGGCAGAGUCAUUAAAACAGAAACAGCAGCAGCUUCAGCAAGAACUUGCCGACAAGGAGGCAAGCAACCUGGCAAUGAUACAGCAAGUCCAAGCAGAAUUUGAUCAGAAAAUCCGGGCAUCGCAGGAAAUGCACGAGGCAGACAUGCGUGCAAAGCAAGAGGAACACCAGCGCCUCCUGCAGGAGGGUUUGGACAGGCAAGCAGAACAGUAUAAAGAAAUGCUGGCUGAUAUGCAGAAGAACCACAACCAGCUUCAGCAGCAACAUCAGGAGCAGACUCAACAGUUGCAGGAGACCAUGGACAGACAAGAGAAGCUUAUACAGGAGAUCAGGGCGAAUAAUAGACGUAGUGGGGGAAGUUGCACAAUAUUGUAAAGAGUUCCUGCCCAGUUUCCAAGAGUCUGAUGCGGACAUCCUAGGAAAAGCUUAAACUACCGUGUUGCCGUGACCGUACCGUAAUCGUUUUAGCAACAAGGACGUUCUUGUUGUGCAUAUCUUGUAUUUUGCUUUGUAUUCCGUAGUGUGCUGAAAAAUAUAAAAAAAAAAACUGACUAAAAAGUGACUGAAUGGUCCGAGGAGACACGUGUCGCACAAUGCUCUGACUUACUCUAACAUAUAUCAUGUGGUGCAGUUACAUAUCGUGUCAGUUCGAUUAUAUAAAUAAAAUAAAUAACCUUUAUUGAGCACUAAAAUGUGUACAUAUUACAUUGUACAGGCUCUCUAAACUAUUCAUAACAACUUAACAUCAAUUAUACAAAUUUGUACAAAUACUAAUGGAAUGAUUACUGGGAAGCAGCACAGAAUAAAACGACUAUUGUUAUUGA